GUACGCGCUAAUGAUUCGUGUCACUGGUCUUUUGGGACUGAUCCCAGUAGGAAUAAUUCUGAAAAGUCAUGUUUUAAGUCUACACCAAUUAAAAACAAACGGAGAUGUCGUAAAGGGAAACCCAUUACAUGGAAAGUAGGUUCUGAGUAUACGUACAGUUUACUGGUCCUUGAAACUUGUCAUCAGUGACCGCUUAUGAACUCACUGUGUGCCUGUGAUAUUGAAAUGUCCUUUGAGAAAUCCCCUAAGCAGGCAGUGAGCCACCCUGUGCAGAAGUAUCCUGUAAGAAGACUGGAACCAUCAAUAUCCAAAUUUCUCAAAGUCCUAGAGAUAGAUUUGGACAGACUGCACAGACACAGGCUGAAUAUCGAGAAGCUGCUGGUACAUGAGGACUGGAAGGGCCUGAACAAGGAGCAGAUCAAUGCCUCUCGCACUAUCCAACAGAUCAAGGCCAACAUCCGGGAGAUUGAGAAGGCCCGCGGCCAGAUACUGGAGGAGGAUCUGCCCACGUUUGAUAAGAAGGUGGAGAGCAUGAAGGAGAAGGCUGUCGAGUCCAUAGAGGCCUUUGUUACGGAGACAGUCCCCCCCAACUCAGAUUCCUGCAGCUCCUCCCCAUCCACACCUUCCUGCCCAAGUGCAGAAAUCACCUCCACCAGUCUUCCCUCAUCACUUGGCAGCCACCAGGUCCAGCUUCACCUUGUUCCCCACAACACAGAGGCAGCAGCAUCCUGGGAGAACCUGCAGGAGAACCUGGUGGAGCUCAAUGAGAUGAUCCAUGAAUUUGCAUCUAUGGUCGAGCACCAGGGGGAGCAGAUCGACCACAUUGAAGACAACAUUGAGAAGGCGCAGCAGGAUGUCAACACAGGAGCUUUAAGUCUAGCGAAGGCAGCUAAGUACAAAGCAGCCAUCCUUCCUGUGGCAGGGGCAGUCCUAGGGGGGGUGGUUGCCGGACCUCUGGGGCUGCUGGCCGGGGCCAAGAUUGGGGGACUAGCAGCAGCAGCUGGGGGAGUGGCAGGUUACUUCAGUGGAAACAUGAUAAAAAAGCGGCAAGACAACAUCACAGAAGUGGAGAUGAACAACUUGUCUGAGAAGACAUCAUCAUCUCCAUCAGACAGCAGUAGCAGGGACAACACAUCAACACUGGGGCAGCAUGCUACCAUGGCUGUCGGCAUUCAGUGAACCCAGAGAAGACGGCGCCAACAACGAGGACAUUGCAGCGGUUCAAGACCCCUGCAGGGAAUAGUUCAUUCAGUCACUACAUACUAUGCUUGGUGCUUUUAGACUAGAUUGAGCUGCUACGGUGUCUGUAACUGUGAUAACUGUUCAAACCUUGAUCCUGUGAGCAGCCAUUAGGGCUGAUUCUGGAUUGAAUGAAGAGGACCAAUUUCUGGAAGAAUAGGUCAAACUAAAGACAUUAAUGUAGCAGGUCCCUAAAUAUUGACCAAAUUGGUUAAGACUCAUAUCUCCCUUACAAAAUACAGCCAAAUGGCACUGAAUCAUUUCCAAAAGUAUUAUUAAUAUAGUCAGAUGUGGAAAUUUUUGGAUCAUAUCUACAUCACAUGUCUUUUGUUUUGAGUGGGCUCCUGAAUCCAUCUGGUUGUUGGGAUGAGUUGAAGGGACUGGAUGGGGUGAGUGAUAAAGCUGCUUCACCUGCAUUAUAACAGUCCUGGGUCUAGAUUUUCGAAACGAUCUUAGCUAAGAUUAAUCUUAACAUACAUUCAAAAAUAAGAUAUCUUAGGUUUAAGAAAAGAUACAUUUUCAAAACUAUUGUAAACCUGUCACAGAUCGUACAGAGCUAUGAUAACCAUCAUAACUCUGACAGAGAACUCAUUUGUGUUGGAGAUAGAAAAACAGUGUUUUCCAGUGAUGUCAUGGGGAUUUUCCAGCCGCUGACAGUAACAACAAUAUGGAGAAGUGACACGGAAUUCAUGAUCACAUUGUCUGGUCACACUGUUUAACACUCCACUCUUUGAGUGACAUUCCAUACAAUCCUACAUAUGUCCUACAUGUAGACGGUUUUUUUCUUAUUAUAAAACAUGCCCUGACGACCCGAACACACAUAGCAUUUGUGUGCCAUGCAAAGGCAUUUUUCAAACCCAAUAAAUGUUAUAAUCAAUAAGUGUUGUGUUACCACACUAUAGCUGUUAGAAUUGAAAUAAUGUGCAAAAAGAUACUUCACUAUUUUGUCUGCAAAUUGUCCUCCCGUGAGUUCUAAAUUACAUUGACGAGACCUUUGAUCGAACAGCAGGCAUUCGGCAUUUACGAUGCAUGUUCAGGUCUGAUGUUACGUUAUGUAUACUGGGUCAGUUUCACAAUACUGCUUGUUUUUUGUGUUUAUGUCAAAAGUCAAGUUUAUGGAGAAAACACCAACAUUAUACCUGGAAACACUCAAAAACAAAAUGGUUCAGGAAGCGGCGCACCUACGAGCGAGAUGUAAUAACAAUGUAAGCUUGUUUUGUUAUUCAUAUAUCCAAUAUAUUUCAAAGGACUCAAAUUCAAUAUCAAGCUAUAUGUAUUUAGAUGAUGUCGUCAUUUUUUUUUAUAUCUAUCUAGAUCCAUAAUUCUUUUCAUAAUUGGAAAGUGACAGACAAAGGGAGAUCAUUUAGGUCAUUUUAAAUUAAGUAGAGCUAUUAAACUGAUUUGUCUGAUUUGAUUUAAAUCUGGCUGAGGAGCGAAAUAACUGCAAUUGUAAAUGUGUCAAAUCUAUUAGAUGAUGUUUGGCUUGUCUGAACGCUUUUAAAUUAAAACUGUAAAAUUGAGCAUGGUCUCGCUGGGCGAAUACAAAGGGAAACCACUCUCAACUAGAGUAUAAACUAAGAUUAGCUGCUCCUGAGUUAUCAAUAAGGUCACAGUCAUUACUAUAGCUAGCCAACACCUUCCGUUUUUAACCUUCACAAAUUAUCAAAAAGGUAUGUUGUUUCACACUUCUUUUAACAUAGACUCUGAUAAACAAGUUAUAAACUAUCGACUCCAUAGUUAUGUGUUAUCGUUAUAUAGUUAUCGCUGUUGUGAAAUGUCUAUGGCAAAGCUAGCUGCCAUCAUGGAUGAAGAUUUAGAUGAACUUACGACAGGUAUUGGGCUAUCUUAGAUUUACGACAAUCUUACGGUAUCUUAGGGCUAUGAUAGUUUCGAAAAUUAGGCUACGAUACCAUACGAUUUCCUUACGUUAACUUUACCAUUAUUUUAGGGCUAUGAUCGUUUCGAAGAUCUAGGCCCUGGAUCUUGGGCCUGUUGUGAGUGUAUCAGCAGCAUUCGCAGACUCUCGCACUUAGUACGAAAUACACUGUCCACAAGGAGGACUAUGCCCCCCCUCAUGUUAUGACAGUAUUAGUGAUGUUUUAUAUGGUUUCAUGUUUCAAACGCUUGUUAGCCCCGUCAAACAAACAUUAAGCUUCUAAUUGAGAUAUGUAGUUCACUAACCUUGUGGCUGUAUUAUCUGAAGGGUUUAACAUUGAUCUGAUGGUACACAAAUAUUGGCUAAAUUCUCAUCUCCUAGACAAGAUGAUGCUGUGAAGGGAAAAUGCCUCUGGGACAAAAGAAACUUGUAUGUAUGCCUGUCAACAUCCACAUUGAUGUUUCUGUGCGUUUAGUUAACAUUCUGAUGUUAUGAUCGUGAGGAUGUGAUAUUAUCAACUGUGUGAUGACAUCAUUCACCUAGUGACCUCUGCCAUGUCACACUGUAUCGGAGGUCAGUGCUUGUAACUACCGAGAUCAUUGUCUGGCAUAGUCACACCAACGUGCCACAUAAUGUCAGGGAAAUACUGAACGGCCUCAUUGUGUUCAGACUGCAUGUUUGUGUACAUGAUAUAACUGAUAUUGUUGUGACCAUGGUGACAGGUACACUGAGCAAGGAAGGUAUAGCUAAAAUGGAACUGCUAUUUUUUACUAUGGUUUUGAGGUUUUUUUUACAUAAAUUAUAGCAAUACAAGUGAAUAGCAUAAGCAUGAUAAACACUACAACUGAUAUUGAUACCCAUAUGGAUAACAUGCUCAGAAGGCACUGCAGUAUAAUGAGUUUACUACUGGCUUCCAUGACACUUUCUUUUGGCAGUAACAAUCUGAAGAAGGGGACACUGAGGAGUGUAACGUAUGCCAUGGUCAUCAUGGUAUGGUGGAAGGAAGUUUAUCAUUACCCCGGAUGUCAAUGAUCGAUCUUCUUGUAAAUAUUCAUGCACGUCGGCUGACUGUACUGUACAGACAUUGUAAUGAUUAUGAUGUCAUAAUGUUUGACAUGAUGGCAUUUAAUGGCCAUGCCAUGAUUGAGCCUGUUUAUACAAGUCUCUACUGGCAGAGCACAUGAUUAAUUGACAUCGUCAUUCAGAAAUAUAUCAUGAAACAUAAGUAUCUUUAGCUUUUAUGCUAGAAUUGUUAUUAAACUGUUUCUGCCCAUGGCACACCUGACUUCAGUAUGUUCUUUCACAGCAGGCCACAGUGCUAUAGUCGCAGUUUUAUACUUCAAUGUGGCUGCAAUGGGUUCUUCAGUUUUUUAUUGCCAUUCUCUACCAAUCACAUGAUCAGCUGAGCCAAGCUGUGACGUGCCAUCUAUAGGAAUCUUUACAUUUUUUAUCAGAUUGUGGUGGUUGUUUUGUUUGUUGUUAAGAUGACUAUAACAAUGUUGUGCACAUGGUCAGCUGUGAAUGUAGCCAUGUAUUGUUCUCAUAGUAUUUAAAAUGGCAUCAGAGAAGUAGGCCUGCAUUUUGCUCAAGCAUAAUACUUGAACUCUUAUAAUAUGGUCAUCUUUGCAAUGUGUUUGUACAAUAUUAUGGCCUAUUUCAUACACAAUGGCCUUUGAAAUGAAUUAUGGCCUUUACAUAGCUUAUGGCCUUUCUCAUGAAGUAUUGUUUGUUUGUUUUUAGUUAUUUAGCGCGACACUCAGCAAUAUUCCAACUAUAUGAAGGUGGUCUGUAAAUAAUCGAGUCUGGACCAGACAGUCCUGUGAUUGAUAUGAGCAUCAGUCCACACAAUUGGGAUACAAUGACAUGCAUCAAAACCAUGUCAGGGAGACUGACCACCUGAUCCCAUUAGUCGCCUCUUACGACAAGCAUAGUCGCCUUUUACUGCAAGCUUGGGUUGCUGAAGACCUAUUCUACCCCGGAUGAAGAAGGGCCAAAACAUAGACUUUCUCAUGAAGUAGGGCCUUUCUCAUGAAGUAGGGCCUUUCUCAUGAAGGAAGGUCUUUCCUUUCUCAUGAAGCGUGGCCUAUACAUUAACUAUGACCUUUCUGAUGAAUUAUGGCGUAGGAUCUUGUCAUGAAUGAGUGAGUGAAUGAUUAUUGUUUAACACCGCAUUUAGCAAUAUUCCAGCAAUAUCACGGCGGGGGACACCAGAAAAGGGCUUCACACAAUGUACCCAUGUUGGGAAUAGAACCCGGGUCUUCUGCAUGAGCACUGUGAUUACCACAUCGUGGACAACAGUAUGGCUUCUGCGUGAGCACAGCUGAGCAACUACUUACCCAGCACACUUAUUACAGUAUCAUCAACUGUAGUUUUUUACUCACAGGAUCAGAGUCUUCACACAUUAAUGGACAAAUUCAAAUGCUGUACUGCCUGCUUAUGUGACAGAUCCAAGAACCUGAGGAGUCCACUGGGUGGGAAAGAGGUCUGGGUGAAUCCUGUCUUCCUACCAUACACUGCUUGUGUGAUGACUGUUGCUUGCAAUGCCCCAGCACUCCUGGAUCAGUGGGAUUGAGAGUGAGUUCAGUGUGGUGCUGUUUUAGCAAUAUUCCAGCCAUACUACAUACAUGGGACCUCCAUUCUCACACAUUCCUGUAGUACCCAUUGCUUUCUAACCAAAUCUCAAUCAAAUAACACAUGUAGUCCUGUGAAGACACUUGUCUCUCUGAUGAUGUUGUAGUUGUAUACACGGGUGUUUAGGUCUGAAAUCAAGUGCAGCCUACAUCAUUGGAGAAAGACGAAGGCAGUGAACUUUCCCAGGUGUACAUGUGAUACUUUAUUUUCAGGAUUGAGUCUCAUUCACAGGGUCAGUGCCUCAGACAUAGAUCCGGAUGUUUUCAUCUUCAUUCAUUGCAGUUGUUAACCUUAUUGUCUAUCUCAAUGUUGGCUAAUUUUGAUGAACUAGUUAGUAAGGCAGGUAUGGGUAACUUGGUGUAGUAGGGCCUGGUAGAUUCUAAGAGGGACCCGGGUUACCACAGGACUACCCGGACCUGUAGUUUCUCAUGGGAUAUAUGUUUUUAAAGACUACAAUGAAACACCAUGGUUACACUCAAGUCACUAAUGCUCACACUUCUGCACUCUGCACUUGUUCCUUCUGACAUGUUUUAGUACAGAUAACACCUCAGUCAGCUUCAGUGUAUGCCUGACCAGAUUGUUUUAUACAUGGAUCUAAAUACUUUUUGCCAGGGCUUUAGUAAAACAAUUCCUAAUCGGACACUUUGUACCUCACUCUUGAGACCUACACCGGGUACCCGGGUAGUGUUUGGUGAUAGGGGGUUGGGUAUACCGGUAGUAAUUUAGACUUGUCCCAGCCCAACUAUUUGGUUCCUAAUGCAAUUUACCAAAAGAUAAGAUAUGUUCACUCCAUGUUGUCCCAGUUUACCUGGAAUGGAUAACCAGAAGUAAACAUGGACUAUCAACUCAUAGUCUCUGGUUGCACUAUAUUAUCAGCAUGCCCAGACAAGUAGGAGGGAUAUCACAGACCGAAGCGUACUUAUCAUCACGGGAAUUCCUACCAAGAUACCUGUAUUCCACUUGGAUAUCCUUGGGUUAAACAUACUGCAUGUGACAGCUCAUACCAAACUUUAGAUUUGUAGAGUUAAUGAUAAGAUAAUUUGCUUAGUUAUGUUUAUUAUAAUGUUGUAUUUAGUUACGGAGUACUCUUUUGACCUUGUAUGGGUCUCCCCCUGCUGUAGACUGUAGACUGAUGGGAACACUUCCACCAUUCCUUGUUGUAGUAUGAGGAGUUGACAUCAGUCCAUCAUUGUUAGGUUGAUUGGUACACAGGUGCUGGCACUGCAGUACUUGUGCAGUUUUGAAAUGUUUAUUUGUAAAUUUGGUCUUAUGUGAUGUGUAUUUAUGAAUAGAUAUUUUAUGUAAACAAAAUGACAUGCAAUAGAAGUGUACUGUACAUUGUGCGUGAGGGUUCUGUCGUCAUGCAAGAGUUACAUUGAUUUAGUGUAUGAAUUAGUUGCCACAGUUCCCUGGCCAGGAGGGCUGGUUUACAAAAACAAUGUUGCAAGCCCUCAUCAUAUUUUGCUAGCCCUAAACACUUCCAAUAAACUAUGAAAAUGACACCAGACUUGGAUAUUAAAUGAGGCCUUAUCUGACUUGAUGAUUCAUAGACAUUAAUAUGUGUUGACUAAUUUUCAACUGGAGUCGGUCCAGCUUUGCGGAAAUGUUAUGAGCCAAAUUUAAAAGUCAUUGGCAUUUGGCUAGUGGACAGGCAGCUAUUUCGAACACUGCAUUAAUUAUGAUGUCAUCAGUAGCAGGUGAUGGCGCAGGUGUCCUGUGGCAACAACACUGAGCUAUUGAUGUAAUGUUUAUGUUCUAAUUAAUCCUGGAUAUGCAUAUCAAUAAAAUAUUGUUCCUUUCAGUUUGUCCGAUAAAUUUGAUUUCCUUGUCCUGCUCACAUGUGCCUAUAUGUGCUCUGAAAGGUAGGCAACAUAGUUCUGGGUGUUUCAUGUGCUGCUUGUCCACUCGGAUUCAAGCUUGCAAAUAUUGCGUUUGUCCAAUAUGUUGUUCUUUGCACCCCAUGCAGUUGAUUCAUGUAGGACAUUUCUGGCAGGACAAUUUAAGUCACUUCAUUCUCCCUGAUAAUGCAAAUGACACAUGUCAGAGACUGUAUUUAAGGUUUAGUUUUCUUUUAAAUUUUAAAUAUAUGAGAUUGUUGAAAAUAAAUGUCCCUAAAACAAAAA